GAGAAAAAAAAAAGAGGAAGACGAUUGUUUUUCCAAUUCCUUCGAUUUCCCCUUUCCUUAUUCAGAUAUUUCCCCAUUUUCACGUGAGAUCCGGUGAUUUUCACGGGAUCGAUCUGAUAAGGAUUCUGUUUUUUAUCCUUCGGAAUUUUUUUGGGGAAUCGUUUGGUUUUUUUGCUCUUGAUUGAAUCUCCGAGAUGGAUGAGUUUGGUGUUCUUACGGAGCGUUAUGGGAUUAAGCCCCAAGGUAAAUCUGCUCCAAUGGCUGCUUCGAAGCGGUCCGUCAACAAUCCUAACAAUGGUCAAAGCUGGAAUUUUGGUCCAGCCUCUGGUUUAAAUACGACGAAAUCGGCGUCGUAUGCAUCUCAUAGCUCUCGUAAUUCGGAAUCUGGUAAUGGGUCUUUGUACGACGAUGAAGACAUUUUCUUCACCUCGAGCUCCACUAAUAGGAAUGGCGCGAAAUCUACUGGAUUUAACGAUUUUGAUGUUUUUGGUGGCUUGAACAAGACAUCUUCCGGUAAUAGCAAGUCGUCUUUAAACGACGAUUUAAUGUUCUCCAGCUUUGGGAAGUCGGGCAUGAAAACCUCUUCUUCAGCGCAGGGUUUUGUUACUGAUGACUUGUUCGGUGUUAUGCCUGGCUCAAAAAGCUCCGCUAGCGUUAGCAAUGAUGAAAUAUUUGGGUCAUUCUCUACAUCUACGAAGCAAUCUGGUGCCGUCGAUGAUUUGUUGGGUGAUAUGGGUGGUUUUGGUCCCAAAGCGAAGAUUGAAGCUGGUUUUGAUGAAUUGAUACCCGGUUUUGGUGGAAGUACUCAGACGACUACUAGCAGCAAGACUACCACGUCGAACUUUGAUGCUGCUGACCCUUUUGUGGUUCUAGAAUCAACCACGUCAGGUCUGUUCGUGGAUCCACUUGAAGAAUUUGCUGCUUCAGUCAGUUCUCAGGGGAAAAAACCAUCAAAUACUUCACAGACUUCUACAAAACUCAAGCCUCCGCCUAAACCAACACAAAAAGUGGACAGAGUUAAGGGUUCAGGAAUGUCUUCAAUAGACGAACUUGAAGACUUUGCCAUGGGUACUAUGCGACGUAGUGCCUCGGCUUCUGACACCGCUAGUAAAUAUAGAGAAGCUGAAGAUGCUGGAACAAAGAAAACAGAAUUUGGUGUUGAUGACCUUGACUCCUUUUUCAGCUCUGGGCCUCGGUCCAGCAGUGUACCAAAGUCACGGACGACAACUGAAACAACUCGCAAGCAAGCAGUCAACGUGCCAAAAAAGACGCCUAAUGGGGUUUCUAGUGUAAAGAAGCCUCCUGCUCCAGCAAAUCUAGUGGAUGACUUUUCUGCACUUUUUGGAGAGGAUCCUAUAUUUAGAGAAUUUGAGGAAAUCCCGGGGGAGAGCGAAGAACGAAGAAAGGCCAGAUGGGAUCGUGAACAGAGAACAAAGAGCCGUGUGGCACAAGCUGUAGCUGAUAUGAAUAACCGGGAUCAUCAAUCGCGGAUUGAGCAGGAACAGAGAACUAGGAUUUCUGAGACUGUUGAUGCUGAAAUAAAGCGUUGGGCAACUGGAAAAGAAGGAAACAUGCGUGCGCUGUUAUCUUCUUUGCAAAUCGUACUCUGGCCCGGAUGUGGUUGGGAGGCCGUUUCUCUGACAGAUUUGAUCACUUCUUCGGCAGUGAAGAAAGUCUAUAGAAAGGCAACGCUGUAUGUCCAUCCCGAUAAAGUUCAGCAGAAAGGAGCCACCCUUGAACAGAAGUAUAUUGCCGAAAAGGUUUUUGACAUUUUGAAGGAAGCUUGGAACAAAUUCAACAAAGAGGAGCUCUCUUAAGCCCAUAUGCUGCGGAUCUAGUUGCCCCCGAGUCUUUCGUUUCAGGUUUGAGCACAGUUUGCUUCCAGUAUACCCUGAUCCCUGAAUCAGGAAUGAUUACGUCUAGCAAUACCUGAUUAAGAGGUAGAGACACUUGUAGAGACUUGUUACCUGUUUGUUGUGUCUCUGUGUGCUUAUCUCUCUACACAUAAGUCUCUGAGUUUCCUUCAAUCUUGUCUUGUUUUGAUCUUUUCUCUCCUUUUUCCUCUUCUUUUUAACAGUAAGUAACUCGGUACUUGUCAUCUUUAUGUACACCCCAA